AUGUGUGCACACGAAUUUAUUGUUGAUGUUAGACCAUUUGCAAAUAGUGCGGAUAUACAUGCAAUUGAUAUUGCUAAACGCCUUCAGGAUUAUGGUUUUCACUCUCCAACGAUGUCAUGGCCAGUUUCUAACACGUUGAUGAUAGAGCCAACUGAAUCUGAAUCAAAAGCCGAAUUAGAUCGAUUUUGUGAUGCUAUGAUUUCCAUCAGAAAAGAAAUACGUGAGAUCGAGCUUGGUAAACAACCAAAAGGUGAUAAUGUCCUUACAAAUUCACCGCAUACAAUUCAAACGUUAGUGAAACCAACGUGGGAUAAGACAUAUACAAGAGAACAAGCUGCUUUUCCUAUAAAAUCUUUGAGAGAGCGUAAAUUUUGGCCAACA